CUAACACUCUGUUCUCCUUUUGUGACACCACUAAAGCACUUACUGGAGACAGCUGCAACUGCCUGCCUAAGGGUAGGACCGGCCCCAUUGACUGGCUAAAUGGGACAGCAGUCCAGUGAGAUACAGUAUGCACUGCCUCAUCUCCGGAAGACGAAAGGGAACAUCGUCAACAUCUCCAGCCUUAUUGCUCAUAUUGGAUAUAGGAAUGCUGUCGCAUACGUCACAUCCAAGGGUGGUGUAACUGCCAUGACAAAAGCGAUGGCCCUCGAUGAGAGCAAAUGCGGAGUUCGAGUCAACUGUAUCUCAGCUGGUAAUAUCUGGACUCCUAUGUGGCAGAGUUUGGCAAAUGGGACAGCUGAUCCAGAGGCAACGAUCCAGCAAGGCAUUAAUGAGCAGCCUCUGGGACGGAUGGGGACCCCAGAAGAGAUUGCACAGGCUGUCUUGUUCCUGGCUUGUGAGGCCACCUUUUGUACCGGGGCUGACCUUUGGAUCACUGGAGGAGCUGAGCUUGGCAUGGCACCGAAGAGCCACCAAGAUGCCACUGGAGGUGUUAAAGGCUAGUGGAUCAUAAUACGUCUGUCCUUGCAAGGACAAGGGAGAAAACAGUAAUUCCUGUCUUUGCAGGGUGCUGUUCCAAUGGCUGGCUUCUUAACAUUCAUCCA